AAAAAUGCCUCGAGCUGUCAACACGGCAUCAUCAAAGUUCGCCCUACAUUGGAUACGAAAUAUACAACAGCUUACUAUCAUGCUGAAGAGUUCAACAAAGCGCUAGAGCUACGCAACAAAUCCAUCCACAUAAAUAAUACUGAUUACAUGAAAGCUGGUGUAAAUAACACAGAGCAAUGCAGCACUUGCAAGUGUGAUUUGUACGAACCGUACAUAAAGUGUCCGGAUUGUGAACGUACGCUAUUGUGUUUGCAAUGUUUUGCACAAGGACGUGAGACGGCGACGCAUCUCAAUACGCAUUCCUACAUUAUUAUACGCGACGAUAUACAAGUAUUUGCGGGCGCUGGUAGGUGGACAGCGAAAGAUGAGCGUAUUUUAUUGCGUACAUUAGAGAAAAAAGGCUAUGGCAAUUGGGAGGCCGUUGAACACGCACUGAACUCUCGGCACACUGCUGAGGAAUGUCGCCAACAUUAUCAUAACUGCUACUUCGGUGGAAUAUUUGAGCGUUUACUUGGUUUGACGCACCACAAAAAUGCGUACUUCCCCGAACGCAUGCCGUAUGUUGUAAAGAUGCGUUCUGUUGAUCCGCCACGCAGUGAUGAGCCGGGCUCAAUGCAAUUUAAAAUGAUGGCGGGAUAUCGAUGUGCGCGUGGGGACUUCGAUACUCCAUACGAUAACUCAGCUGAAGAUUUGCUAACGACAAUCAUGCAAAAUAGCUUUGCUGCCAUUUCUGCGAGUGACGACGAUGAGCCAAUUGACGAAAUAAGCAGUGCUGCGUAUGAGGAACUGCAAUUAGCAGUAGUCCGUGCUUAUAAUAAUCGAUUGAGAGAACGUAAACGCAGAUAUCGAAUAAUGCGUGACCACGGGCUGAUCAUGCCCAAUCGCACUUUGGGUUGGAUCUCGAAGUAUGCAGAGGCGUUGGGCUCGGAAUCGAAUUGCCAUCGUUUCUUGUCUUUUAUGCAGAUCAGCAAGCCGAUUAAAUACGACAUGCUGGUAGAGUCCCUGAAAUAUUUUUCGGAUGUGCAAAAGAAGAUUUAUCGCUUGUAUGAGCUACGUCAGAAUGGCGUGCGCACACUUGAAGGCGGUGCAUUGUACUUCAAAAUGAAGAAACGGCGCGCUCAGCAACAACGCGAUCGCCUAAAAGAUGAUACAUCCCGACAACUGCACGAUUGGCGUAAGCUAAUGCCAAGCCCUCAAAUGCUCGUACCCAAUCCGUUCGCAACGCCGCAUGCAGGUUCAAACCCCAGAAAAACUGGCCCAAUGGACAUUAUGGGCAUGCCUGGGUAUACCCGCCUCACCGACGAUGAACGAAAAUUGUGCAGCGUCGAGCGUAUAGCACCACAAUCAUAUAUAGAUUACAAAAACCUCUUAAUAGCGGAAAAUAUGAAAAUGGGUCAUUUGCGUUUGGCCGAUGCCAGGCGUUUGAUAAAGAUUGAUGUCAACAAAACUCGGCAAAUAUAUGAUUUUCUGAUAGAAAAUGGCCAUAUAAAUAGACCCACGUGACGCGUAUAAAUUUUUGUAACUCGAAUCUAAGAAAUCGAUAACAAUUGAAAACCAUUUAUAGAUAAUUUGAAAACGCCGAAACUUUACUAAUUUCUGAAGUACACAUGUUGCUUGACCAUCGCAAACGUCAAAACGAAUCGGCAGACGAGGAGC